GUCUGUAUGUCAGAGGCAUGUUACUUACGGUGGAUGCUCUGAGCUGCUGCUGUCGUUUUUCUAACCCCGGUGUUUAGCACCUUUGAGGUGAAUGAGAAACACUCGUCGGAAGUUCUUAGCAGCGGGAAAAGCUGUCAGUGAUGUCCAGAUCUUAGAAACAGACCAAACUUCCCUCCCAUCAUGGACGCCAAGAAGCCGGGCAUGCUGCAGCAUCUCCGCCAAAAGAUGCUGCCGCACCUCCGGCGAGGCAAGGCGAGCUCAAGCAAGGCCGUCAUCCAGCUGGAACACAGCAUGGACCAUCGGAUGAGCUCCUCCGUUCCCGACAUGAGGGACAUGAGGCAGGAGUGCGUCUCCUCCAGGACACAGUUCCAGCAGUCCAACUCUCCCAGCUACAGCAACCCCUCCACACCGCUUAUCCAGCCUGUGAGUGGCCUGAGGAGUGGUGGGAGUGGCCUAAAGAUGGAAGUAGGUAGCGGUGGAGCUGGGUGGAGUGAACACACACUAAGUGUGCCCGUGGACUGCACAGACUGGGCUUCCUCCCAAGAGUCAAUCAACAUUCUCUGUGAGGAGGAGAAAAGCUUCAGACCUGCCAGGGGUAUGGAGCCUGAGGAGCUGGCCUUGCCUGAAAUGAUGACUGUCUACAGCCCAGACCUUCCCACUGUGGAGGUGUCCCAGGAUUGCUCACAGUAUGAUAAUCAUGAAGAUCACACGUUAAAAGACGGGGACAACCAAAAUUGUGAGAUGGCCAGCGAGACCCUCAGUGUGUCGGAGAACAUCAGGGAUCCUACCAGGUCCUUCCUGCUCACCAUCAACCUGAAGGGAGGACGCAACCUGGUCAUCAGGGACCGCUGCGGUACCAGUGACCCUUAUGUGAAAUUCAAAUUGGACGGGAAAACGUUCUACAAAAGCAAAGUGGUUUAUAAAGACCUUAACCCCACAUGGAAUGAGACCUUCUCACUACCUGUGAAGGAUCUGAACCAGAAACUGUACAUCAAGGUAUACGACCGUGAUCUGACGACUGAUGACUUCAUGGGCUCCGCCAGUGUCACCCUCAGUGAUCUAGAGAUUAAUAAGGUCAAUGAGCUGUCUUUGCCCCUGGACGACCCCAACAGCCUGGAGGAGGACAUGGGGGUUGUGCUGGUAGACAUGAGUCUGUCACUCAGAGAUGGAGACAGCAAAAGAGGCAAUCGGUGGCCCCAAAAACGAAAACGAAGUGUUAGGACGGGAGGCUCCUCUCAGAGCGUUUGUCUGUCAGAGACACUGAGGAAAAGUCAGCUGUGGACUUCUGUUGUGUCAGUUACUCUGGUCAAGGGUCAGGAGCUGCCGCUGGACACUCAGGGAGGUCAGCUCUUUGUUCGCUUCAGACUGGGAGAGCAGAGAUACAAAAGCAAGAAUCACUGUAAAGUGUCCAACCCUCAGUGGAGAGAGAGGUUCACGUUUAACCAGUUCUUGGACAGUCCAAACAUCCUCUUGGUGGAGCUCUGGGCCAAGGAAGGACGAAGGACUGAGGAGUGUUUGGGAAUGUGUGAAGUCGACCUGUCCAGGGUCCCUUUUAAUCAGAGGCAGUUGUACACACAAAACCUGGACCAUGGGAGAGGAAGCUUGGUGUUCCUCCUCACGCUGAACACAUGCAGCGGCGUCUCCAUCUCUGACCUCUGUGCCGCGCCGCUUGACGAAGAUCAUGAAUAUCAGAACCAGCUAGACAACUAUAGUUGGAAAAGGUCCCUGAAAAACCUCCGUGAUGUUGGUUUCCUUCAAGUCAAAGUUAUCAAGGCUGCAGAUCUGCUGGCUGCUGAUUUAAAUGGCAAGAGCGAUCCCUUCUGUGUGUUGGAACUGGGGAACGACAGACUGCAGACCCACACAAUCUACAAGAGCCUCCACCCAGAGUGGAAUAAAGUCUUCACAUUCCCUGUCAAAGACAUUCAUGAUGUUCUGGUGGUGACCAUCUUUGAUGAGGAUGGAGACAAGGCGCCAGACUUCCUGGGAAAAGUUGCCAUUCCCCUGCUCUCGAUCCGCAGGAGACAACAGAUCACCUACCCGCUGAAGAAAGAGGACUUAGGUGGGCUGUCGAAGGGGAGCAUCACUCUGGAGCUGGAGGUUAUUUUUAACCCCAUCAGAGCAGGUAUAAGAACCUUCCAACCAAGGGAGAGAAGAUUCAUAGAGGAUAAUCAAAAAUUUUCCAAAAAGGUUCUGGCCCGUAACGUGCUGCGUGUUCAGACACUGUACAGGGCUAUCAUGUCGACUCUGCAGUACAUCAAAAGCUGCUUCCAAUGGGAGAGCGUUCAGAGGAGCCUGCUAGCCUUCCUGGUGUUUGUGGUGACAGUGUGGUACUGGGAGUUUUACAUGCUGCCCUUCUUCCUGGUCCUGCUCAUCUCAUGGAAAUACCUCCAGAUCCGCUCCGGUCGCAUCACUCAGGACCUGGACAGUGUGGAUUUGGGGGAUGAGGAUGAGGAGGAUGAGAAGGAGUCGGAGAGAAGAGGGCUGAUAGACAAAAUCCACAUGGUCCAAGAAACCAUCAUCACCCUACAAAACCUGCUGGACGAGAUUGCCUGUUUUGGGGAGAGGAUUAAAAACACUUUCAACUGGUCCGUGCCGUUCCUGUCCAGCCUGGCUUUCCUGAUCUUUGUCAUUGCAACAGUCCUUACAUACUACAUCCCUGUACGCUACAUAGUUUUAAUAUGGGGUAUCAAUAAAUUCACCAAGAAAUUACGGAACCCGUACAGCAUUGACAACAAUGAAGUGCUUGAUUUCCUGACAAGGGUGCCUUCAGAUGUGCAGAAGGUUCAGUACAGUGAGAUGAGAGGCAGCAGGAAGAAGAAAAUCUUGUAGAAUGUAGGAGGAUGGUGUGUAAAUGGGACCCGAUGCUGCCGUUUGUAGGCUUCCGACCAAAAAACUGUUUCCAGAGGAUCUGUUGGAGGUCUGCAGAAUCACACCUUUUGAGUCUUAAUACACUAUGGUGAUACGCAGUUCAGCACCGCUCAUAUCGACCAGCACCGAAAUACCCUUCAACCAAAGAAGUCCAGCGAGGAUCCUGCAGAGAUUACCACAUAUGUAACAGAGUUUACUAACUAAGUGUUUCUGGUGCACUUUGUAAUUUUAUUUCCAAAGAUUGUAGGUGUUUUGUAGUAUGUACAGUUUAUUCUUAAAGAUAAUGAAUCAGGAGCUGCUUUAUUUUAUAUUCCUGGCCCUGUGUCCUUUUUAAACAAGCUGAUAUGUUUGUAUUACUCUGAAUGUAUAUGUUUGGUAUGUAAACACGUGUGUGUAUAUUUGCACACAAUUAAGUAAUUAAAUAAAUUUCAUUAUGGGCUGCUUUAAAAAGUAUGAGUCGUCUUAAGGCAUUUUCUUAGAAAAUAUUGAUAUUUUUAAGUGCAAGAUCUUUGUGGUUUUAAUUAUUAAUGAUGCAUUUCAGGUAACAAUUGCUUUUCCAAAUUCCUUGCCUUUUAUAUUUCCAUGUGCAGCAACAUAUCAAAAGGCAGAAGCAAAUAUUAUGCAUGAUAUUCUUUUGUUUCUUACAUUUACCUUUGAUGAAAAUGGAUAAAGAGGUAUGUACAUACAAUGUUCACUGACUAAUUGUACUUCAAUAUGACAAUAUCGACUUAUUUUUACAUGAAAAGUGCCUACAUUUAGUUUUAGAUUUUCACUCAUCCUACAUAGACAAUUUUCUGUACUCUAUGUUGCAUUUUACUCUUUGCUUGUGAGUGGGAUGGGGCCAGAUCUGUACACACCUAGCUUUAUUUAUUAAUGACAUUCACUGAUGAAGACCUUGUGUCUCAUUUCUCACAGCAAUAAAUGCACACAAUCACA